CGGGAGCUUGGAGCCCUAGGAAGAGGAAGGGCUUUGCUGGGUUGUCUGAGCCUAGAGAAAUCCGGAGGAGCUGAAGAUCGGGAAAAUGCAUGCGAGAUUACUAUGGAGUCGGUGAUGAAAUUGCAGAGGGUACAGCUGAAAUGCAAGAACCUUCAUGAAUUCCUGCGGGGCCUCAGCCCUGGCAUCUUAGACCGGCUCUACAACCAUCCUGCCACAUGCCUAGCUGUCUUUCGAGAGCUGCCGGGGUUGGCCAAGAACUAUGUCAUGAGGAUGCUUUUCCUGGAACAGCCCCUCCCUCAGGCCGCUGUGGCCUCCUGGGUCAAGAAGGAGUUCACCAAGGAGCAGGAUGAAAGCUCGGAUGUCUUGCUGGGGCUGCGGCUCUGGCACACACAGCUGCUCCCCGGCGGCCUCCAAGGAAUCGUCUUGAACCCCAUCUUUAAGGAGAACCUGCGCAUCGCCUUGCUGGGAGGAGGUAAGGCCUGGUCUGAUGACACUGGCCAGCUGGGCCCAGACAAGCACGCCCGGGAUGUCCCGUCUCUUGACAAGUACGCCGAGGAGAGGUGGGAGGUCAUCCUGCAUUUCAUGGUGGGCUCUCCAAGUGCAGCCGUGAGCCAGGACUUAGCUCAGCUGCUCAUUGAAGCUGGACUGAUGAAGAGUUCUGAACCUGGGGAGCCCCCCUGUAUCACAUCUUCCGGCUUCCAGUUCCUGUUGCUGGAUACCUCAUCUCAGCUCUGGUAUUUCAUGCUGCAGUAUCUCCAGUCGGCUGAGACCCGGGGCAUGGAUCUGGUGGAGAUUCUUUCCUUUCUCUUCCAGCUCAGCUUCUCCACUCUCGGCAAGGACUAUUCCGUGGAAGGGAUGAGCGAGUCUCUGCUGAAUUUCCUCCAGCACCUUCGGGAAUUUGGCCUCGUCUUUCAGAGAAAGAGGAAAUCUCGCCGUUACUACCCCACACGGCUGGCCAUCAACCUUUCCUCUGGCAUCUCGGGCACCACAGUGGACACCCAUUACCAGGGCUUCAUAAUUGUGGAGACCAACUACAGAAUCUAUGCCUACACAGAUUCCGAACUACAGAUUGCGCUCAUCGCCCUCUUUUCCGAGAUGCUCUACCGCUUCCCCAACUUGGUGGUGGCUCAAGUCACCCGGGAGAGCGUGCAGCAAGCCAUCGCCAAUGGCAUCACGGCAGACCAGAUCAUUCAUUUCCUACGUACCAGAGCUCACUCUGUGAUGCUGAAACAGACCCCGGUGCUGCCUCCCACCAUCACAGAUCAGAUCCGGCUGUGGGAGCUGGAACGAGACAGACUCCGCUUCUCUGAGGGUGUCCUCUACAACCAGUUCCUGUCUCAGGUCGACUUCGAGCUGCUGCGCAACCACGCAAAGGAGCUGGGGGUCCUUGUCUUCGAGAACCCGGCCAAACGUCUCAUGGUGGUGACGCCGGCCGGCCACUCGGACGUCAAGCGCUUCUGGAAGCGGCAGAAACACAGUUCCUGAAGGGCAGGGAACUGCCGGCACUCCCAGAUCUCUCUCCUUGCACUUUUCUGCUGGGAAACAGGAGUCGGGGUGGGGGUGUUAGCUGCAUCCCCCCACCCUGCCCCUAACUGUCAAGGAGUAGCAGAGAGACAGAGAGGAAGGAGAAGAAGGUUUCGUAGGGGUUGUCUGAUGACUCCCCUCCGGUCAAGAACUGAUUAAAAGGAGCAGGAAAACGUCUCUAGGUUCUUCUUCCUCUUAACAGAAGUGGCUAAAGUUUGCUGGCUGCCACUGAGCGGAUGUGGCCCUGCUGUUCCAGUUGGGCUACCGCUGAUACGGAAAAGGUUAAGACAACUAAACAGCCGUUUAAAAUGUACGUGCCAGGGUGCCGGCAUGGAUUUGGAACGGACUCAUACAGCUGAAAUGGAAAUUUGAUCUAAAGCCUGGAUCAAGCAGUGUAACAACAUCGGAUCAGAUUUGUAAAUAGCCUCUUUUUUGUAAUGUUUUUAUUGGGAUAGAAGUAUCAAUAAAACACCCACAUCUGAAGUUAUUUUA